UUGAGUAUGAUGUUGGCUGUAGGUUUGUCAUAUAAGGCUUUUAUUAUGUUGAGGUAUGAUCCCUCUAUUCCCACUUUGCUGAGAGUUUUUAUCAAGAAAGGGUGUUGGAUUUUGUCAAAUGCUUUUUCUGCAUUGAUUGAUAUGAUUAUGCGAUUUUUGUCUCAAUUUGUUUGUGUGAUGUAUCACAUUUAUUGAUUUGCGGAUAUUGUACCAUUCUUGCAUCCCCAGAAUAAGUCCCACUUGGUCAUGGUGUAUGAUCUUUCUGAUGUAAAGCUGAAUCUGAUUUGCUAGAAUUUUGUUAAGAAUUUUAGCAUCUAUGUUCAUCAAGGAUAUUGGCCUGUAGUUCUCUUUUUUUGUGGUGUCUUUAUCUGGUUUUGGAAUUAGGGUAAUGCUGGCUUCAUAGAAAGAGCUUGGAAGUGUGCCUUCCUCUUGAAUUUUUUGUAGUAGUCUGAGGAGGAUAGAUUUUAGUUCUUUGAAUGCUUGGUAGAACUCCCUUGUAAAGCCAUCUGGACCAGGGCUUUGGUUUGCUGAAAGAUUUUUGAUCACAGCUUCAAUUUCUUCGGUAGUUAUUGGCCUAAUCAGGUUUUUUGAUUCUUCCUGAGUGAGUUUUGGGAGCUUGUAUUUUUCUAAGAAUAUGUCCAUUUUGUCUAGGUUGUCCAUUUUGUUGGAGUAGAGUUGUUCAUAGUAUUUUUUCAUAAUCCUUUGUAUUUCUGUGGGAUCGGUUGUUACUUCACCUCUUUUAUUUCUGAUUUUGUUUAUUUGGGUCCUCUCUUCCUGUGUUCUUACUUGAGUAAUCCGAGACCCUUGGGCAGGUGAUUUCAGUUCUGCUGUAUGCCAGGCACUCAAGUCUGUGCCCUCAAGUAGAUGUCAGCCUUAGGGAUGAGUGCAACAUGAAAACAGGUAAAAUUAUGCCACGGUGUGACAGCUACAGGAUAGAGAUGCACACCGAGUAUUACUGAAAACAUUAAUCAAACCCAAAAUUCUGAAGAAGAGGUCUAGGAGUAUUGCCAUGGAUAGCAACCAUCAAAGUAAUGGCAAACUCGGUAAAACUGAAAAGAAGUUCUUAAGGAAACAGAAUAAAGCCAGACACACUUUGCUAAGACAUGAAGGCAUUGAAACAGUAUCCUAUGCCACUCAGAUCCUGGUUGUUGCCAAUGGUGGUUUGGGUAACGGUGUGAGUAGGAACCAACUGCUUCCAGAGUUAGAGAAACUCGGACAGGUGGAUGCUCUCUUAAUGCCACCUAAUAAGCCCUACUCAUUUGUAACGUACAGAACUAUAGAGGAAUCCAAGAAAGCCUAUGUUUCCCUCAAUGGACAAAAAAUAGUGGAUGAUUUAGGACAGAAGAUCGUUCUGUACUUGAAUUUUGUGGAAAAAGCUCAGUGGAAAGAGUUGGGGCUUCAAGCCUUACCUCCAGGCCUCAAAGUAGUAGAAGAAAUUAUUUCUUCUGAGGAUGAGAAACUGCUUUUGGAGAGUGUUAACUGGACAGAAGAUACAGACAAUCCAAAUUUUCAAAAAUCUUUAAAACACAGAAGAGUAAAGCAUUUUGGUUAUGAAUUCCACUAUGAGAAUAACAAUGUACAUAAAGAUAAGCCAUUACCUGGAGGUCUUCCUGACAUUUGUGAUAGCAUGUUGGAGAAAUGGUUGAAAGAAGGCUUCAUUAGACACAAACCUGAUCAGUUGACUGUGAACCAGUAUGAACCUGGGCAUGGAAUUCCUGCUCAUAUUGACACACAUUCUGCUUUUGAGGAUGAGAUCAUUUCUCUCAGUUUGGGGUCAGAGAUUGUCAUGGAUUUUAAGCACCCAGAUGGUGUCACAGUGCCCGUCAUGUUGCCUCGUCGGAGUUUGCUGGUGAUGACAGGAGAAUCUAGAUACCUUUGGACCCAUGGAAUAACACCAAGAAAAUUUGAUACUGUUCAGGCAUCCAAGGGUCACAAAAGUGGAAUUAUCACUGGUGAUGUUGGAGACUUAACUUUAAGCAAGAGGGGAAUACGGACAUCGUUUACAUUUAGGAAAGUAAGGCAAACACCUUGUGACUGUAGUUACCCGUUGGUCUGUGACAGCCAAAUGAAGGAACCUCCUCCAUCAUUUCCAGAGAGUGAUAAAGAAGCCUCGCAGCUGGAGCAAAAAUAUGUCCAUCAAGUGUAUGAAGAGAUCGCUGGGCACUUCAGCAGCACGAGACAUACUCCUUGGCCACACAUUGUGGAGUUUUUGAAAGCCUUGCCAAGUGGUUCCUUAGUGGUUGAUGUUGGAUGUGGAAAUGGAAAGUACCUUGGCAUAAAUAAGGAGUUAUAUAUGGUUGGCUGUGAUCGUAGCCAAAACCUUGUGGACAUUUGUAGAGAGAGGCAGUUUCAGGCCUUUGUCUGCGAUGCAUUGGCAGUGCCAGUCCGCAGUGGGUCUUGUGAUGCCUGCAUCUCCAUUGCUGUUAUUCAUCAUUUUGCGACAGCAGAGCGCAGAAUGGCAGCUCUUCAAGAACUUGCCCGACUCUUGAGACCUGGUGGGAAGGCACUCAUUUAUGUGUGGGCGAUGGAACAAGAGUAUAAGAAGAAGAAGUCCAAGUAUCUCAGAGAAAACAGAACUAGUCAAGGAAGGCAAGAGAUCAACAGUGAUCCAUCAGCACAGGAGCAGUUUGUGGAGCCAGUGCCUGACACGGGCCAUCAAGAUUCAGCAUGUUCCGUACCCUCCAUUAAUGACUUUCAGAAAGGAAGAAGUAAUUCAAAGGAAGUUGCUAAUUGCAAGCUGCCUAUUCACACUAACAGGACUUCUUUUCAUUCUCAAGACUUACUGGUUCCCUGGCACCUUAAGGGAAAUGCAAGUAAAGACAAACCUGCUGAGCCAUUUGGUCCAGCAGGAACCCAUGACCCAGGCCCUGUGUUUCAUCGUUACUACCAUGUGUUCUGUGAGGGAGAAUUGGAAGCUGCCUGCCAGACUUUGAAUAAUGUCAGCAUUCUGCAGAGCUACUAUGACCAGGGGAACUGGUGUGUGAUUCUUCAAAAGGUCUGAUGAUCUCAAUGGACAUAUCAUAGACAGGAAAGAAACACUCAGCUUUUUUCUUAAAAAGCAGACUAAAUUAGCAAUCUUUUUUUGUUGUUGCUGUUGUUAAUCCUCAACCAAAGAUAUUUUUCCUUUGAUUUUUAGGGAGAUUGGAAGAGAGAGGGAAAGACAGAGAGAAACAGUGAUGUGAGAGAAACACAUCAAUUGGUUGCCUCCUGCACAUGCCCCAAUCAGGGCCCAGCUGGGGAGGAGCCUGCAACCAAGGUACGUGUCCUUGAACCUUUGGUCCGCAGUCCGAUGCUCUAGCCACUGAGCCUAACCAGCUAGGGCAGCAGACUUUUUAAUUAAAGAGAAAACUUGUAAAGUACUAAAGGAGUACACCUGAGAGAAGUUUGAAAGUGGAGAUUAGUUAGGAAACAUUUAGUCUACUACUAUUGCUGACCUUGUUUUACCCAUACAUGUAGGCUUCUCCUAUAGGGAGGAACAGGGAUGGUUUUUUAUAAAGUAAUUGUAGUUUGUGAAGUAUUUGGGAUUCAGGGAUAAGUGUAUAGCAUUUUGAAGAUAAACUUUUGUUAUAAAGUGUUACUAAAUGAAUUAAAUUAUGUAGAAUCAUGUAGAAGAAAUCAUAUACUUUAAUAAAGAAAAUUUCUGUUUAGUAGAAAGUU